GACGAAAAAAAAAAGAGUAAAUUAAAUUAGUUUUACACUCAGGACUUCCGAAGUGCGGUGAAUGGUUGCCAUAUGAUACGCCCGAUACAAAACAGUUUGGUCUAACAUCUUAUUCAUUUAACAUCAUCAAUAUUUAUGCGGUGGUUUAUACCCGCCAGCAGACCAUGGAUCGUUCAGCAAACCUCAAGGUUUAAUUUGAUGUUUUGUUGUAUUAAAUUAACCGUGGUAGUCGAGUAUUUAGAAUUCGCUCUCACGUAAUCGCGCUCGCAUCUAAGAUAAGGUUGGAUUAUAGGAAGAGGAUUUUGACAUGGAUUCUCACUACCGUGAUAAUAACUACUUACCGGAAGAUGGCCGCACGGCCAAUCAGAAGCGGCGAGAGGGUCUGCAAGGAAGCGCACGGUCUGGGGGUACAACAGAGAGGACUAUUUUGGGGAAUGAUAGCCUGACGUUGACUGUACCAAGUUCUUCAGACGAGCAACGGACAAGAGAAGACGUAGAAAAAAGUAGAACCCACCGAAGUAAGCGGUGCAUAAUUUCCGAUGAACACAAAACUAGAGAUCGGGAACAGAGUGGUGACAUAAAAACAUCGGGAAUUGAUGAUAGCUUGGAUUACGAGGUUCCUUUUAUUCAGCGAGCAACCAGCAAGAGUGGUACUGUGAUACUGCCCUACUUAACCGCUUCUCGCCCCUCCCGUCCCGUAUCCCCCAUCACCGCGGACCCGCGAUUCAAGGGCUUGAUGGAGAAACUCGUCCCGACAAGACGCGCGACAGUAGAGAAGCAGCAGUUGCCGGCGUUCAGCGGCAGCCGAGUGCAAGUCGUGAAUGGCGAAGUGAUAUACUUUAGAGACGUGUGUUUGCGUGAUACGUGUCGUGUUAUAUUCGACAUGAUGAACAUCGAUAAAAGACGAUGAGAUGUAACAAGGCCAUUUCCAUAUAGAUGGGGGCUGCCUUAUCACAACGUGAUACACAGCGGGAAUCUCUGAGACGUGUUUUAGCUUUGCCCGUCAUAUAAACUUGAAGGUAUCUCUAUCAUAACGAGCGUCUGCUAGCAUAGGAAUACAUAUUUAUACCUGUCUAUAUAGAUCAUUCUACUCUACAUGGGAAACGUGCACGAUAUGUGGGCUGUUAUCUCCAACAUUAUGAACGCCAAAGUAUAACUCUUUGCAUCUAAGCAGACAUCUAGCUGUUGUUGUAACAUAAAAAAGACUUUUUAUCGUUUAUCAUAUGAAUGUCAAUAGCAGACAAUGGCGUGAGAAAACUCUUGCAUGCAGAUGAGGAUGUAAUUCGUCCGAAUGAAGAUGGUGACUACAGCAUUUAUACAUACCCUUUUUCUUAUAUCACAUUUAAAGGGAUUAUAUGCAUCAUUUUUUAAAAAAGAUCACCAUUUGU